AUGAGUGAACUGAAGCCCUCUGUUCUACGUUCAUGCCCACACUCACAAGAAGGGUUUCAUUUUAGACCCAUCGACGGAGAACUUAUCACCCAUUAUCUUUCCAAGAAGAUUAGGGUUGAACCACUGCCGUGGAAUGUGAUCAAAGAGUGUGAUCUCUACGGACGCAAGGCCGAGGCUUCAUGGGAAAUCUAUUACUAUUACCGCGAAAACGACAAAAAGAGUUUGUUUAUCUUUACAAAGUUGAAGGAUUCUAGCACAAAUCGGCAUGCUAGGUCUACUGCUUUUGGAGAGUGGCAUGGCAACGAUGCAGGAAAGAAGAUUUACAGUAGCCGAACUAAGAAACUAAUUGGUUUAAAGAAACGAUUUACUUUCAAGCCAACCAAAGCAAAGAAGGAUGUUUCGACUUUAACUAGCAAUGAUGAAACUUGGAUCAUGCGCGAGUAUUCCUUGGCGGGUGCAUCUCUGGUUGGAAAUCAAAAGAACAGCGAGUGCAUCCUCUGUCAGAUUCUGAAACACAACAAGGGCAAGCGAAAAGAUACUGAUGGAGGGAACGACAGUGGCAACCUAGCAACUAUUCUUACUGUUUCAUUCGACGUUGCCAAUGCUGUGGAACAUCUGUAA